GAGCACACCGACCCACCAUCCAUCUAUCCAUCCAUCCAGGCUAGAAGCAGCGGCCAACAAGUGCACCCCUAGCUGCGAGCACAAGGAGCUGGCAGCAAUGGCGAGGCAUCGCCUCCUUGCCGUGCUCAUGCUCCUCGUCGGGGUAGUGGCAGCCUCCACUUUCCACCAAGCGGCCGCCGCUGGCCGGGGCCUUGCUGUCCUCGAGAAGUUUGCGGACCUGGAGCCAAAGCCAAAACCCAAACCAGAGCCAAUGCCCAAACAAAUGCCGAAGCCUGAACCAGAAUCAAAACCAAAGCCCAAGCCGAUGCCAAAACCCGAACCCAAGCCCAAGCCGAUGCCCAAACCUGAACCAAAGCCAGAGCCCAAGCAUAAACCAAUGCCUAAGCCAGAGCCCAAGCCUAAACCAAUGCCUAAGCCAGAACCCAAGCCUGAACCUAUGCCUAAGCCGGAACCGAAGCCUAAACCCGAACCAAAACCAAAGCCACCACCAAAGCACAAGCCGCCAACAGCUUACAAUUGAUGGGAUUCUAUAUAUGCAAACUGAAGGAUUGAGGAGAUCAUGGCCAGAGCCACAAUCGCGACAUUUAUAGAAUAAGUGGUGUAGUAACAAUGUCAUUCUAUCCGGCUAGCUCCAUAGUGAUGCAUCAUUCUGUAUUCUAUGUAUUUCGUUACAUUUACAGAGUUUCUGUUUCAUGUACCCAUGAUGAGCAUCACAGCUUUGUAAUUGUUAGCUGCUUGUUGGUGUAUGUUCAAUUUUGUACGUGACUCAUUGUUCUAUUUGUGUAUCUAUAUGCAUGAUUUUAUUCAUU